AUGCAGAACUACCAGUCCGGGGAAAUGUCAAGAAAAGGAGGGAUGCAAGACCCACACCUCAGAACUCUGAGAGUUCUAAUACUAGAACUUCCUAAGCAGAUCAUUCAAAGGGACAAAGAAAUCGGCGAAAUUUUUGGAAAGCCGAUCAACAAAAAGGGUACAGAUGAUUUGUACAUGCCUUUGUGGUCUCAUAGCGGAUCCCCCAGAGCCCAGGCCGAUAGUACAGAUACUGAGAUUAAUUUGGGGGAAACUGGUGGUAAUAUUGGCGGCGAUAUCGGUGAUUAUACUGGUGAUAUAGAUGAUAGUAGCGGUGAUAUUGGUGAUACUGGUGGUAAUAUCGGUGGUGAUAUUCGUGAUUAUACUGGGGAUAUUGGUGAUAUUGGAGGUACUGGCAGUGAUAUUGGUAAUUAUAAUGGUGAUAUUGUUGAUAAUGGUGAUAAUAAUGCUGAUAAUAAUGGUGGUAUGGCUGAUGACGGUGAUAUUGAUAACAAUGGUGAUACUGAUACUAACAUGGGGUACAAUGACUAUGGUGAAAGUCAGGUUGAGGGAAGCGAAAAUGGCCAAAGAGGUGUUUAUAAUUGA